AUUAUCCUCGUAUGUUCUGCAUAGGAUAAAGCAAAUUACUUUGUUCUUGUUGAUGGCAGUAUUAGGGUCAGUUGGGACUUCGUUCCAAAAAAAUUAUUUGUUUCGUAUUUGGAUGAAAUUUUAGAUGCAUACGGGUCUCAAGUGAUCCUUUGUUUUUUAGCUUAUGAACAGUUUAAAGUCUGAAGCUUGUGGAAAUCGGUUUCUGGGCUUCCCGAUUUGCCGUGGGUUUCGAUCUGUUUAUCUAUCCAACUUCAUAGACCUCAGCAUCAAGAGAGAGAAAAUUCCGUUGGUGCCACAGGAAGAUUUUUGAAGUGAUUAUGGAAAAACAGAGCAGUUUUCGCUCAUCUACAAUGGAAAAACAGAAGAGUUUUCGCGGAUUUAUGGAAAAACAGAAAAGUUUUCGCAUUGUGAUGGAGAAGCAGCUCAGCUUCAUGGGAAGCGAGAGGAAGAAGAGCAAGGAAUCACCUGGGAAAAGAGGUGACUUACCAAUUCAUUUAGCAGCUCGGUCAGGGAACUUGAGUAAAGUGAAAGAGAUAAUUCAAAACUAUGCUAAUUAUGAAUCGAAGGAUUUGUUGGCUAAGCAGAAUGUAGAGGGGGAGACCCCUCUUUAUGUCGCUUCAGAGAAUGGGCAUGCUCUGGUUGUUAGCGAGAUACUGAAGUACUUGGACCUGCAAACUGCUUCUAUUGCUGCUAGAAAUGGCUAUGAUCCGUUCCAUGUCGCUGCCAAGCAGGGUCAUCUUGAGGUGCUGAGAGAACUGCUACAAACCUUCCCCAACUUGGCCAUGACCACAGAUUUGUCCAAUUCAACAGCUUUACACACAGCUGCAACUCAAGGUCAUAUUGAUGUGGUUAAUCUCCUUUUGGAGUCAGAUUCAAACCUUGCAAAAAUAGCCAGGAAUAAUGGUAAGACUGUCCUUCACUCUGCGGCUAGAAUGGGACAUUUGGAAGUUGUGAAAGCCUUAGUAAACAAGGAUUCAAGCACUGGAUUUAGGACUGAUAAGAAAGGUCAAACAGCACUGCACAUGGCUGUGAAAGGGCAAAAUGAAGAGAUUUUGCUGGAAUUGGUAAAACCUGACCCUGCAGUUUUAAGUCUAGAGGAUAAUAAAGGAAAUACAGCAUUGCAUAUUGCCACAAAGAAAGGCCGUGCGCAGAAUGUCCGCUGCUUGUUAUUAAUGGAGGGUAUCAACAUCAAUGCUACGAACAAGGCUGGAGAGACUCCUCUUGACGUUGGAGAAAAAUUUGGAAGUCCAGAACUUGUCUCCAUAUUGAGGAAUGCUGGGGCUGCCAAUUCCAUUGACCAAGGGAAGCCUCCAAAUGCAUCAAAGCAACUUAAGCAGACUGUCAGUGACAUAAAGCAUGAUGUGCAAUCCCAACUCCAACAAACACGUCAGACUGGAGUGAGGGUCCAGAAAAUUGCAAAGAAGCUGAAAAAACUCCAUAUUAGUGGCCUGAACAAUGCGAUAAACUCUGCUACUAUUGUUGCCGUUCUCAUUGCUACUGUUGCAUUUGCAGCUAUCUUCACAGUCCCUGGUCAAUAUGUUGAAGAAAAAACACAGGGUUUUUCACUUGGACAAGCAAAUAUUGCGAAAAACGCAGCUUUCCUAAUUUUUUUUGUGUUCGAUAGCCUGGCAUUAUUCAUCUCUCUGGCAGUUGUGGUGGUUCAAACUUCUGUAGUUGUGAUUGAACAAAAGGCAAAGAAGCAGCUUGUUUUUGUCAUUAACAAGCUCAUGUGGAUGGCUUGCCUUUUCAUUUCAAUUGCCUUCAUUUCUCUCACAUACGUGGUGGUGGGAUCACACUCCAGAUGGCUUGCUGUAUAUGCUACAUUUAUUGGAAGCUUGAUAAUGCUCUCUACAAUUGGCUCAAUGUGCUAUUGUGUCAUUUUGCAUAGGAUGGAUGAGACAAAGUUGAGGGCCGAGAGUCGUUCGUUUUCCAUGUCUCAUAUAUCAGACCAAGAGAUUUUAAACAGUGAAUACAAGAGGAUGUACGCACUUUAGGAUAGUUCAUAUAUAUCUGCAUGGACUGUCCUAUAUUCUCCCGCGUUUUCUUGAAGUGAUAAUGGUAGUUUCUACUCAGUAUCAGACUGUACGAAGAGAAGGUAUGAUCAUUGCUGGCCUACUGAAACCGAGACAAAAGGAGGGAGAGGAAGAAUAAAUGGCGGGGAGAAGAGAUGUUAUAUUAUCAGAUUUGGUAUCAUGUUAGUGAAAUGAUUAUCCCCUCUUAAAUCAGUUAAAGACUUGAUAUGAUAUUUUAUUAUAUUAUUUAAGAGUAAUGAAUACAAUUAUUAUGAUUGAAA